UGUGUUUGAAAAUAAAAUUAGGAUGCUAUGAAGCAGAUUUAAAGUGCAUAAAUAAAUCAACUUCCACCCCAGCUACCACGGUACUUUUAACAAGGACUACCCGACUGGAAUCUUCAUUCAAACCAAACUCAUCAAACAAUGAUCCAAGUUCAGAAAAAGGAAGGCUUCCGGAUGUUGGAAUGAAUCCAGUCACGGAAUAUGAUAGCGGAAGUGAAAUGUACUGGAUGUUACCUGUCGUGGGUUUCGUAGGAGCUUUUAUUGCAGGCAUUAUUAUAUUAACUAUCAUCAAAAGAAGGAGACUAAUCAAGUGUUUGAAAAAAAUUGGGAUGAAUGAAACACACAUGGUUGAUGAUGAAACACAAAUGAAACGAUUAUUAUCUAUCCCACCUACGAGGGACAGCAACCAAUCAGAUAAUGAAAGCAAAGCAAGUGACAAUGACAAUGCGGCCAUCAAGGGGAGCGAUUCUGCAAUAGAAACAUUGGACUCAGAUUCAGAGAAAAAUGAAGAUAAUACUGAUCCAAAAACUUUCCAUGAAGAAACUGAAGAAAAGAGAUUUUCAAAUAAGGUGAAAGAAAGAGACGAGAAAAGCAGAGUUAAACAAACGUCGUGUGACAUCAAAAUUGAAAAUGAGGAAAGUAAAUCUGGUAAAACUAUCAGAGGCUUAAGUGCAUUUACCAGAUUCUCCUGUAACAAAGAAUUCAGUGACUUCUUGCAGGAUAUAAGUGAAGAAAUGUCAGCUGAAACGACAGGAAAAAUGAAAGAACUUUUAAAAGACCGCAUGUGUGACCCUGAUCCCGAACUAGAUAACGUGAGGACACCGAAGGGGUUGCUCGAGUACAUGGAUAAUAAGCUGUCUUUGUACAAUAAUGUGACAAUACUUCAAGCAUAUGCCUUGGCAAUUAAACCUCCCGAUGAAAAUAUGUACAAAAAAUGUUUGCAGUACUCAAAGAGCAGAGAUGAUGAGAUGUUUUACUUUGAAAAAACCAAAUCUAAACUGAACGGUUAUGAAAAAGUGGUGUUUCGUAUUCAUUGUAAGAAUAUCGCUUCAUACAACAAAGGUGAGCUAGAUACACUGCGAAAGGGCCUCGCUACAUUUCUAAGAGCUGAACCAGAUGAUGUUAUACUUGUUGGUAUACAACAAGGAAGCAUUAUACUUACAUUUAUGGUCAGGGAUAAAUUAAUACCUUCCCUAAGGUCAAUAUUUUCUGAGAGGAAUUCAUGGAAGUACAUCACAUAUCGAAUGCUGAUUUUACGACAUUUGACCUUCCGAGUUUUCGAAAUAUUCAUCAGGGAUGAAAUCGUUUACAAACCAGAAAUAGCGCAUGAAGAGCUACAUGAUGUGAACCCAGAAAAGAUGCGUGAUAAAGUCUCAGGAGGCAGAGAUGAGAAAAUGAAUGCUGACAAAGACAAAGGCCAAAAGCAAACAGCGAUUGUCAAAGAAGAACAAGAAGAACACGAAAGAAAUUCGACUAUGAAGAAUUUUCUAGAGCAAUUAGCAGGUUCAAUUACUGACGAUGUUUUGGCUUCAAUGAAAGAGGUCCUAAAGGGCAUUGUAGAAGAAGAAGCGAUGAAGGGAUUGAAUGCACAGAGACUUUUGAACAACUUAAAAGAGGAUUUUAAAAUUGAGUAUAAUAUCUGUUUCCUGCAAUGGAUUUUUGAGAAAUGCUCUGCGCAUGAACUGAGCACUAGAUGUUCUGAUUUUGCAUCGAAGCACCAGCAUCUUUUUCCACUGAUUUACUUCGAUUCGAAUUUGUCAGAGAAAGAGGGGGAUGAGAAACAUUGCGUUAGAGUGUAUGUCGAGAAGGAGUUGGAAAAAUGUCAGACUGAAGUGAAUGAUAUCAGAAAUAUGUUGGCUAAAGAACUUGAUGUUGACAGUGGUGAAAUGGUCAUCGUUGGAUUAGAGAAAGGGUCUGUCACUAUUGUUUUCCGGCUUUUAGAAUCAUCUACCACAGAUUUUAUGUCACGUAUCAAUAAUGAAACGGACGAGUUUUCAGUCCAUUUAUCUCGAAAGGGAGUUCGUAGAAUCAGAAGUGGUCAAGACGCAGUCGUGAUCAGCACUGAUAAAAUUCCAGAAUUCGUUCAUCUCCACUUGACCAAUACGCACGAAGGAAAUACUUUUAAAAAUAUGAAGGUAGCAGUUUCGACUGUACUUCGCAAAUUGAAGAUUUCAAUGGAUAAACCAAAAGUGUUUCUCCGAACCAAACACAAGCCUAGUCAAACAGAAAAUGACAGUUGCCUUUCGGAAAGACCACUCUUACUGAACGAAAUGGAACCCAUGGAUCUUUUAAACAACAAACAAAUACGGAAAGCACUUGGAAAUACAGACAUCACAAUUAUACUGUCGAGUCAAACCCGUAAAGAAAAAAUCAAGACUUUCUUGGGUAUUGUAGAAACGUUGCCUAAACAGAAAAGAGAUGAGUUGUGGAAGGUCAUAUCUGAAUAUAUAGAACGUCCAAGAGACCAAUGUAAAAAGAGGAAUUGCUCUAUUAAUUCAUAUGAAGACCAAGGGACACUACCAAGUGAGGUAGAAAUACUGGAUGAGCUUAAUACGCAGAUGAUGGUCGAAACUUUUGAAAAAAUUGGAAAUGUACCCAAAGAUAUAGAGCAGAAAUGCAACAGUGCUUCAGGCGAAAGUCGCAGAAAAAGAGCAGAAAUGUUUUGGAAUUUUAUCAAAGGAAACGAAAAGAAUCGGGAGAUUUUCAAAGAAGUUUGGAAUCUCCGCCAGUGAUUAUUUGAAUUGUUUACUAAUUUUAGUGAAAGGGGGGGGGGGGUGUUACAACAUGCAAAUGCAGACAUAUUUACGCAAAUGAACACGGUUUAUUCAAUCCGUCUUGUUUUAUUGGAAGAAAAUUCUGUACAUUUUCAUUUGAAAUACAUAAUCUGUGGACUGCAGUUUACAUUGGAUAUGUCCUGAAGUUUGAACAUAUUGUAUGAGAAUUUGUACUCUUUAAUGUCGUUGUUUUCGCCAAUUCGGGCAAUACAUAUCAAAUACGCAUGACAUAUUGUAUAAAGGAUUUUUUUAGCGUGCAUUAUACCGUCUAAAGUUUUUCAUAGUUUCAAAUACAACCAUUUCUCAUGAGAAAUUCAAGGCUUGCAUUCACAGCUGUAUUUUCUAUAAAAUUGGAACUCGUAAUGUUUCUUUCCU